AUAUAAUAUAGUGUUUAAAGCAUAGUAAUAGCGUAAAAAAUUACACGCUUCAUUUUUAGGCCUAAAAAAAAAAAAGGAAAAAAAAAGGAAAAGACAGUCAUGACUAAUUAAUAAGAGACCUCAGAGAGAACAAGAAUCCAACGGCGGUCGGCCCCAACGCCCACCGUUGUAUUCUCAUCAUUUCAUGUCCUGUUUUCUCCUCUGUCUAUAAAUUCCACCCCCCCCCACAAAAAAAAAAUAAAAGAAUCGACCAGACCGAAUGGACGGCGCCGAUCAGUACUCGUCGUCGUCGUCGGCGGUGGGGCUGUGCCUCCUCCCCUGGGAGCUGCUGGUGCAGGAGAUCCUCCUCCGCCUCUCCCUCCCCGACCUGCUGCGCCUCCGCUCCGUCUCCCGCCCCCUCUCCUCCCUCCUCUCCUCCGACUCCUUCCGCCGCCUCUACCACCUCCGCCACUCCUCCGCCUCCUCCCAUGGCUGGGUCUUCGUCUUCAAGAAGCGGCCCCCGCGCGACGCCGUGCUCCGGGGCUUCCACGGCGCAGCCUCCCGCUGGUUCCGCAUCCCCGUGGCACCGCUCCUCCUCCCCCCCGGGAGGACGCUCUUCCUCCUCGCCGCCUCGGCCCUUCUUUUCCUCUUUCGCUCCAAUGGCCUCCGCGCCCUACUCGCCGUCGACCUCUCCUCCCGCUCCCUCCGCCGCCUCCUCCCGCUCGGCCCCCGCGGCACACUCCACUCCUGGCGCCGCUCCCCUCCCACCUCUCUCCUCCGACCUCGGCCCCGCCCACACUCCCCUCCGCUUCGCUUCCUCUUCGCCGAGCUCGUCCACCCGCCCUUCCUCUUCGAGUACGCUCCGACGGCCGACGCCUGGCGCUCCUUCGAAGCCGCCCCGCCCCCGCCCCGCCCGCCCGCGACGCCCGACGUCUACCUCCACGUCGCCCAAUCCGGCCCCGAGAGCCUCGUCCUCCGCGCCGGCCCCGACCCGGUCGUGUACCGGCCCCGCUUCCCCCCCGGCGAGGACCCGCGCGCCGGCGACCGGAUGCACGUGCACGGCAACGGCCACGUGGCGGUGAUCCGAUCGGCCGCCGCGGAGGAGGGGGCCGGGGGCAGGGCGCGCGCGCGCGUGGUGACCGGCGUGGAGCUGUGGGGGAUGGCCCCGCGCGGCGGCGGCGGCGGCGGCGGUGAGUGCGCGUGGGAGAUGACGUCGCGGGUGCCGCGGGAGGGGAUCGAGGAGAUCAGGAAGCCGUACGGGGUGAUGAUGGGUUGCCUGGCGGAGAGGGACGGGGUGGUGAGGCUGGUGCUCCUCUCCAACUGCAAGGGCUCCUGGGACUUGGCGUGGCUCUCCUACGACCGCGCCCGCUGGCGGUGGGCCCCCCUGCCGGACUGCGGCACUAAGGGCCUCAACAUGGCCGGCAUCGCCCUCUCCUCCACCUUCUCCCGCCUCUGGCCCUCUCCCUCCCCGUCCCCCUCCGCCGACGCCGCCGCACAAUACUGGUGACCCAGCAGUGACGGCGACGGCCACAGUGACGGCGACGGCAUGUCAAUUAAUUCUGCCCGUAGCUCCUGCACUCCAAACAAACAAAAACUAAAGACUUGGACUCAGGUGCACCGAUCUCAAAGCAAAUCACUGAUGGCUUUGUGAAGUGGUGUGGUUGGUAGCAGCAGGUUAAUUUGGUCUGAUUUAGCCAUUUUGGGGGUUGGUUGAGUUGGUUGCCUUGUUUGUCAGUUUGUAAGUUGAACUGUAUAUAUUAUGUCUAUAUAUUUUGCUCUUAUUUUCUGUGUUAAUUUGUUGGUCUAAUUGUUUGAGAAGCCCUGAUUGGUGAAUUGUAUCACGUAUUUGAAUUAAUGAGGAGACGGGAAAAAGAAAGGAAAAUGUCUUGGCUUUUA